AUGUCGAGGUAUGUUCCACCGCACCGCAAGCGGGAGGUGAGUGAGAUUUAUGGGGAUAAAACCACAGAGAAUAACGGUGGGAAGACUACCUCGGAGGCGCUACAGCGUGAGUCGUGGCAGGCCCUCAGUCGUAGCAUUACUGGCAUUAUCAACCGAGUAAGUGGUGAUUAUGUGGAGUUGUCUGCCACCGAGUUGUUUCGUGAGAACAUUAUCCGUGGCCGAGGUCUGCUCUGCCGCAGCCUCAUGCGGGCGCAGUUGGCGGACCCUGACCUUUCAAACGUCUUUUCCUCACUUGUGAGUCGUGUAAACAAAGAGUUUUCUAUAAUUGGUCUCCUUCUUGUGAAGCGGCUUGUGGUGCAGUGGUGGCGGUUGCACCGCCGCCGGGAUUGGGCGGCGCUGCGCUGCGUCAGCCGCUUCCUCGCCUGGCUCUACAUCUUCAAUGUGGUGAAUGUGGAUGUCAUCUAUCAAAUUAUUCUCGCCCACCUUACCGCGGAGAAGCGCUGCGACGACGAUGUGGAUCAGGCGGCGGCUCUCUUUCGUGAAACGUUUCGUGCCAUGUUGCAGCGAGACGUGGCGGAGUUUCACGCCCACGUGCUGACACCGAUUCGUGACCUCCUCGCGAUGGAUGACGAUGCGUUGCGCCUCUCUGCGCGAGCGCAGACGUUGCUGGAGGCGUGUCUUCGCGAGGUGCAGGAGUGGGAGCGUGUGAAACACACAACGUCGAUCAUUCCACCCCAUUUACUGCUGGUGGAGCCCAGUGAGCAGAAGUGUCACGAUGUGGACCUGGAUGAGGCGGCGACGAUGAAUGCGGAGGAGCAACUUGAUCGUUUCGCCUUCGAUGUGGAGUACGAUGCACACGAGGACGCGUACGAGGCGGCGCGGUGUGCGGUUCUGGGCGAUGAUUGGGAAACUAACCUUUUGGAGCAGGUGGCAGCGGCUGAGGAGGAGGAGGAGGAACAUGAGGCAGCCUCUGAAGAGGAAAAGGAGGAGACCAGGGGUCAGGGACGGGCCGGACGAGAACAGCAGUCCUCUGCGGACACCACGAAGCAGCUUGUUGAUGAACGUGAACGCCAGCUGCGUAAGGAUGUGUACAUGGCGAUGCGUAGCAGCGUCCGUGCAGACGAGGUGGUGCACAAGAUCCUGAAGUCGAUGCCUGCCCAGGCGGAGCGCACCGUGUGCUUUAUGGUGAUAGAAGGAUGCUGUGAAGAGUCUAUCUACAAGCGAAUCUACGGUAUGGUGGGGGAGCGCCUGUGUAAGAGCAAUGCAAAGUUUCAAGGCUUUUUUGCGGAGGCCUUUUGCGCCCGCUACGAACACGCGGAAGAUCUCGUGGAGAAACAAAUUGAGUACACGUGCAAAAUUUACAGUCAUCUUUUGCGUACAAACUCACUGCCAUGGCACAGAUGCCUUUCUGUGCUUGACAUCGUUGAAAGCGACGUGUCGCAGCGACUUAUGAUUCAGUGGCUGCUGCAAGGGAUGGUGGAGGCGCUUGGGAUGCGUGUGGUGCUGGAGCGCUUUGAGAAGGACAAGGAGCUGCGGUCAAGCACGGCUAAAUUAUUUCCUCUCACCGCAAAUGAGGAGGGGUUGGAGCGGGCCGUGAAUCUUUUUGAGGCGAUGGGGCUCGGCGAGUUAGGUGCCGGUGUGCGUGCACAACUGGAGAAGGUGCGACGCUCACGAAUGAUGAUGCACGCGUCCGGCACCUCUAACUACAACAGCCGGGGUUCCGGCGGUGACGCGGACUACUACAGGAACCACAAACGAUUAAGAGAGAACAUGAUGGAGUACAUUUAG